GAUAUUAUAUAGAUUCACAUCUGAUUCCUAUGGCUGACUUAGAACUGCGAGGGAGCCGGCCCCCAUCAGUCGUGGGUAUUAGACCCCCGUCUUCAGGUCGACCCAGGUCAGGGUACAAGGUCAUUGCAGACCACUCAGAUGUGGACGAACUGCUGUUUACGUCUCAUCACCCACGGAGUGAGAGUGAGGUCCUCUUCAGACCCCCCUGGUCAACAGCAUCGCAAGAGAAGAUUGAAAAAAAGAAACCAAAAAUGCGGCCCAUGUUGUGGGCCCCGGACCCCCGUCAGUCAGUUACUACUAGUCACUCAGACCAAAAGGGUUUCAAAGGCUCAAUGCGGUCAACAAACCAUGCAGAUCUUAAUCGAUACAGGCCAGUGAAACAGAAGCCGUCAUUUUGUGAUGAGAUGCUGUUUGGACACAAAUUAGAAGAGCCUUCAUUUGAUGCACCAUGGGGAGAAAAAUCAAAAAGACCUCGACCGUUCUUGUGUUCCCCUGUGGACUAUGCUAAACUUACGCGUGAAGGCUCAACAUUAAGCGCCAAGUAUUCGUCUGUUGGGACAUUGGAUGGUCGUCCCCCGUCUAGGCAAGGCCGGCGCCCCGCGUCCGCAAAUACCAGACCAGUAACUGUGGAGACUUCAUACGAUAUUAAUGUUAAGCCAACUUGGAAGCCGUAAUUUAUUUUGGUGGGCGCUCUGGAAACGGGUCAUGCAUGUGCCUAAAGUGACGUAUCUGAUAAGCAUGUUCAGUCCACACAUGGUCAUCAAGGACGUUGCUUUUUGCAUAAAUAUAAAUUUCUAUAGGAUCAGGCUUCCUUUAAAUUGAAAAUACCAUAAAAGCGAAUCACACAGGCUUAUCUGGAAUGACACUAUACGCACCUGUAUUUAGCCCAGGCACAUGAAUGGUGAUCCACGGUUAGCAAUUGGUUCGAUUUUUUUCUUAUAUUAAUUUGCAUAUUAGUUCAGAGCUAAAAGGAAGAUACUAUUUAUUUGAAAUUUAACUACAGGGAAAACUCCUAAAUUGACAAUUCUGGUAUAUAGAUAUCCCUGAUUUGUGGAAUUCAGGCAUUAGGUUUGCACCAUGCUUUAAGGUCUUUGGGGGGAAAGGCUGUGUAUUAGUAAUGUUUUCACCUUGUAGUGAAUUGUGAAGUGUCACGUUUGUUUAAUGAAUAUUGUUUUAGCAGUAAACAAAUUUUUGAUGAUAAAAGAUAUUGUUCAUUUAAACAUGAUGUAACCAUAUGGGUAAAAGAAUUUUUCUAUUUAUUGUAUGUUUGUUGGUGCUUUUUAAAUAGAUUAUGGAUGCAGAAAGUGUAAAACAGAAAAUGAAUCCGGAAAUUGUGUAAAGAACACAGUUUGUUCAUAAGGAGUAAUAUUCCUUUGUCCUACAGUUGUCAACCUCCUUUUGAAGAGUUUACAUUGGAAAUUACAACUUGAAUAUGAAUGUAUGGUUCCAGAUUAUUGGUUAGUGGUGGUUUUGCUAAGUGUUGGAUCAAGUGGAAGUGCGCUGAAAUGUAGUAUUUUAGCAUAAUCAUGACACAUGUUUAAUUGUUUAUUGUUAUCAGAGGGUUUAAUCACAUGAAAAUAAACCCCUUUUCAAAGAGCAGGCCCAUAUUUAUUUUAUUUCAUUUUUAGUGGUUAUAGUGGUUGGAUAUUUUUAUAUUUUCUUGCCGCUGUAGUAUAUAAAUUUGUAAAUCUUGUACUUAUGAGUAUUGCUUGUGUAUAUAUUCUGUGGUAAAGGUACAUGGGAGUAUUAUUUCAAGCCUUUUAAAUAUGAAAUCUUAUCCUCACAGUACAAUGUGCUCUUUUGUGCUUACUUCAACUGAAUGUGUGAUUUAACAAACGUCUUGUGCUUUUCAAAGGAACAGAACAUUUCUUUAACAACAAGUACCAGGAAUUUGUAUCUUUGACUAAGAUUUGACAUUCCGUUGAAGUCGGGUUGCUUAUUUACUAGAAACACAUUCAAUGUAUUAAAGUGUGAUUUCUAUAUUGUUUUCCUUUGUGACAUGUAAACACAUACUCCCAAUAAUUUUUAUUGUUUGGAUUUAAUGUGUGACUUAAUAAGUGAAAUAAAUUAAAUGUUGAUGCAUAUAGUUGUAGACACUAAGCAGGGGUUUUCCCCGCUUCAUUGGGAAGAGGCCCUAGCCUAUGGAUUUUGGGAAGAAAUUGCUCAUUUUGGGAAGAAUUCUCGCUAAAAUUACUGUUUUGGGAAAUGAAAAAGCUGGUGUAAGUUAGGAUUUUGGGGAAAACUGCAUGAUUUUAAAGAAAUGUUCAAUUGGGAAGGGGCCCUUUAAUAGGCCCCUGUUAUAUAAGGCUGAAAACCCCUGCGGCUAUAUACAGGGCUUGGACAUUUGCAUCAAUUUCUACCUCCUAAUAUUACUCGACCUUAAAUUUAUAAUUAUUUCUUCUGUGGAAGCAUACAUGUACCGGUACUUUGUUAAGUUUUUUGAUUUGAUGGAUAUGUAAGCCUACUUUAUUUGUUAUUAAAGCUUAGACAUAAUGAUAGAAAUGAGUCAUGCUGUGUGCUGUGUGAAAAAGGGGGUUCAAUGCAUGUGCGUUAAGUGUCAACUACACAUUCCGUUUUUAGAAUAUUUUUAUGCCCCCCUUCGAAGAAGAGGGGGUAUAUUGCUUUGCACAUGUCGGUCUGUCGGUCGGUCCGUCCACCAGGUGGUUUCCAGGUGAUAACUCAAGAAUGCUUGGGGCUAGGAUCAUGAAACUUCAUAGGUACAUUGAUCAUGACUCGCAGAUGACCCCUAUUGAUUUUGAGGUCAAUUGGUCAAAGGUCAAGGUCACGGUGACCCGAAAUAGUAAAAUGGUUUCCGGAUGAUAACUCAAGAACGCAUAUGCCUAGGAUCAUGAAACUUCAUAGGUAGAUUGAUCAUAACUUGCAGAUGACCCCUAUUGAUUUUGAGGUCACUAGAUCAAAGGUCAAGGUCACGGUGACCCGAAAUAGUAAAAUGGUUUCCGGAUGAUAACUCAAGAACGCAUUCGCCUAGGAUCAUGAAACUUCAUCGUUAGAUAGAUCAUGACUCGCAGAUGACCUCUAAAGAUUUUGAGGUCACUAGUUCAAAGGUCAAGGUCACGGUGACCCGAAAUAGUAAAAUGGUUUUCGGAUGAUUUCUUAAGAACGCAAACGCCUAGGAUCAUGAAACUUCAUAGGUACAUUGAUCAUGACUCGCAGAUGACCCAUAUUGAUUUUCAGGUCAAAGGUCAAGGUCACUGUGACCAGAAAUAGUAAAUGGUUUCCGGAUGAUAACUCAACAACGUUUAUGCCUAGGAUCAUGAAACUUCAUAGGUACAUUGAUCAUGACUCGCAGAUGACCCCUAUUGAUUUUCAGGUCACUAGGUCAAAGGUCAAGGUCACAGUGACAAAAAACGUAUUCACACAAUGGCUGCCACUACAACGGACAGCCCAUAUGGGGGGCAUGCAUGUUUUACAAACAGCCCUUGUUGAAAAAAUCAAGUUAAGGCUGAAAGUGUUGUCCCUGAUUAGCCUUCGUGGACUGCGCAGGCUAAUCUGGGAUGACACUUUACGCACAUGCAUUAAACUCCCUUUUCAUAGAGCACGGCUCAAAUAUAUAAUUAUUGAAAAAAAAAGGCAUUAUGAACGUUCGUAAAGUGUUGUACACUUUUUCUGCUAAAACAGGAUUUUUGCUAAGAAUAAGAAGGACUUCCUCAUCAGAAUAAAUAUCAGAAAACUGCACAGGCUAAUGUUGAACGACGCUUUAAACACAUGCCAGGUCUUCUCAGAGAGUGGCUCAUUUAUACUAUUGACUAAGAGAAUCAGAGAUAGUUCCAGUAUUAUUAUGACAGGGUCUUUGUGCAAUCAGCGAGUCGAUAAGGCUUGAUUGGUCAUUGUCAGCUUGGGUAAUACUUAAAUGUACCCCCUCCUCUUAAAGCCACACACCUUGAAAUGAAAUACAUGUUAAUCAAUACAUAUAGAUGCAAUUUAAAAGUAUGCAAAAUUGUCAUUAAAUCUAUAGCCUAGUUAGCAAGUUAUUAAUUUUUUUUUUUAAUUUUAAAACCAAAAGUAGGAUUUCUAUACAUAUACGUCUAUUUCGACAAACACGAUUAUUUUUAAGUUUUAAAGCGCGAAAAAGAAGGAUUUCUACUUUGUAACCACCAGAUAUAUUCUAAUUGGCAUAGAUAAAAUUAAAUCUAUAGCCUACUUAGCAAGUAAAUUAUUAUUUUUCAAACGGUACCGCUUUUAAAACCGAAAGUUACUGAGGAUUUCUAGACGUAUACGUCCAUUUCGACAAACGCGAUUAUUUUUAAGUUUUAAAGCACAAAAAAGACAGAUUUCUACCUUGUAACCACCAGAUAUAUUCUAAUUGACAUAGAUAAAAUAUGUUUUUUAUUUAUACUUAAAUUUACUAUGCCAUGUAUUUCAUUUCAAGGUGUGUGGCUUUAAGUAUACUUGAAUGUACUUAUAUGGGAAACCGGGUACGGAAAAUAUACUAACCAGUUCCCGACCAAUUAGACUGUACCAGAGUUUAAAUUCUCAUCCAAAAUCUUAUGUUGUAAAAAGCGUAACUCUUUGGACAAAACCUGCCUCAAUGUGCUUUUUAUGUCCCCGACCACUAUAGUGGGGGACAUAUUGUUUUUGCCCUGUCUGUUGGUUGGUUGGUUUGUGUGUUUGUUUGCUCCAACUUUAACAUUUUGCCAUAACUUUUGCAAUAUUCAAGAUAGCAACUUCAUAUUUGGCAUGAAUGUGUAUCUCAUGGAGCUGCACAUUUUGAGUGGUGAAAAGUCAAGGUCAUCCUCCAAGGUCAAAAAAACAAAUCCAAGGGAAGUAAUAAGCUUUUAAGGGAGAUAAUUAUCUGAACCUGCCAAAUGAUAAAAAAUAAAUUUAAAAAAUCAAAGCGGCGCAAUAGGGGACAUAGUGUUUCUGACAAACACAUAUCUUGUUUGAGUAGGAGUUUUGAUAAUAUUGAGGCCAUUUUACAGAAUAUUGACAUAAAUACUGUAUGAACAUAAUUAACUCAAUAGCCGACAACGACCAAUCUAGCGUUAGAAUUCCAGGGUACAUUUCAGUAUAUUUUCCGUACCCAGGGUACAUUUAAGUAGUACCUGAGCCGACAAUGACUAAUCAAGCCUGAAUAAGUCUUGUCAAUCACUCAGAGGUCAAACUUAUAUUCAUUGUGUAGGGAUUGACAGAUGUCUGCAUACUUCUAUUAGUUUGAUGCUAAUACUUUGCCAAACAUACGAAAAUGAUUGCCUUUUUUUUACUGGUUGAUUUUUAUACUGCUGUAGCUUUUCCCCAGCAUCUGCAGAUGCUGAUAGGCAUAAAGCCAUUUGCCUGUUUGUUUUAUAGUUCCUCACUUUGUCCUUCUGUCCAUCCUUACUAGGUUAACCCAAAAUGAACAUUUUGUCUCACAUGAAUAAUUAUUGCUACACAUCUCUAAUACUUGGAUGAAUGGUGUCUUUGAAGACAUUAACACACAAAAAUGACCUUACAUCAUUUUAACGAUGCUAUGGACCUUCAUAAUGACGAAGACUUAUUCAGAAGGUCAAAAUUCUUGGCUAAUCCAAAAUGACGUGUUUCUUCUCACAUCAAUAAUACUACAUUCAAAGCUUUGAUUCUUGCAUGAAGGAUGUCUUUGAAGAUUUAAAAAUACAUCCACAACCUCAUGACCUUGACUUGAAAUAACUUGUUGGCUUAGACUAAUUCAAAAGGUCCAAAGUCUUGGUUAACCCAAUAUUACACGUUUUGUCUUAAUACUAAGCUUUGAUUCUUCUAUUUGGCUGUGCUCUGUGAAAAGGGGGUUUAAUGCAUGUACGUAAAGUGUCAUCCCAGAUUUGCCUGUGCAGUGUGACCUGACCUUCUUUUGGCCAAAAUUGACUUACAUUCGGACUAAGACUUACUUUUAGGGGCCAUUCAAUCAAAGCUGUACCAGGUUUUUGCUGGGUGUGAUCGGGGUAUGCAUUUAUUGAACACAGUAUCUAAUUCUUGCCUGUUUUUGCUGAAAUCUCCUGUGAUGACUAUGGUGUCUUGACAGAUUCUGCAUUUGUAUUUUGGCUUACAGUUUUUUGAACAACAAAAACAAUCACUUAUAACACUAUUGGUUAUCUAAUGCAUCUAUUGUAUUAAUUGUUGUAUAUACUUUUUAUUAAAUGGGUUCAUGCUAACAUGUUACCGGUAAUGAAAAUUAUUUUGUUUUUAAAUGUUAACAAAAAAUAAAAGCAACAUUAAAUUUGUAAAAAAAAAAUUAAUACAAUGUGUUAAAUAUAUUUAUUUUUUUGCAUAUUAUAGACUUGUAUUGGUGUUAAAUAUACUCACUGGUUUGAUUGUUUUCUUUUUAAAUAUAUUUUAUUGGUUUGUUUUUAUUGUGGUAUUUUGUUUUGUUCUAUUAUUGUUUCUCUUGUGUUGCUCACGAUUCAUCUUCAUUACAUUUUUAUCAUACAUCUUCGUCUGCUUGCGAAAGCAGAAUAUUGAAUUUUUCAAUAAAAUACCACUUUCUUGAAGAGAAAAAAACGCAACGUCUGCAGUGCAAAAUAGGCUCACCUACCGAGCAUUGGCAUUAAGUUUCCAGUUCACCGGAAAUAAUUCAAUGCUAUUAUUAAAGACCAUACUGUAGUUCUAAUGAAACUAAAUUACAGGUAAUUAUCUGUUGGAGAGAAUGUCUUUUGAUAAUAUUUGCUUUAGAAUAUGCCUGGGGCCAAUGCUAUUUACUUCAGUGUUCUUUUGGUACACUUUAAGUAUACUCACUUAAUUUACCCAGGAGCCAUCAUUAGCCGUCGCGUGUAUAGAAAGAAUAAGAUAUAGAGAAUAUUUUUUGGAUUCAUAGAAUAUCCAUUUUAUUUCACGAGUGAUCAUAUAAAAUAUAUAUUUUGUAUGAUCGCGAGUGAAUUAAAAUCGAUAUCCCAUCGAAUCAAAAACAUUUUCUUUUUAUUUUUUGCUUUUUUCACCGUUAAUUUAUAUUGUAAAAGAGUUUAACUGGAUAAUGACGCUGGAUUUACGACCUCAUUUCGUCGAAAAAAUGAUGUCAUUUCACAGUAAAACAGUGCACUGUUAUUUUUCACUGUUUAAAAACAGUGAAAUAUCAGUUUUAUUUCACUUAUAUUUAACCAGGUUUUCCGAAGGAAAAAACUGGUUAUUAGAUUGGUAAAUGCAGGCGGGCUGGCUGGCUGGCGGGCGGAACAAGCUUGUCCGGGCCAUAACUUUGUCGUUCAUUGUGAGAUUUUAAAAUCAUUUGGCACAUUUGUUAACCAUCAUUAGACGGUGUGUCGCACGAAAAAAUUACGUCAAUAUCUCCAAGGUCAAGGUCACACUUUGAGUUCAAAGGUAAAAAAUAGCCAUAAAUGAGCUUGUCUGGGCUAUAACUAUGUCAUUCAUUAUGAGAUUUUAAAAUCAUUUGGCACAUUUCUUCACCAUCAUGGGACGGUGUGUCGCACGAAAGAAUCACGUCAAUAUCUCCAAUUUCAAGGUCGCCACGACUAAAAAUAGAUUUAUUUUAAAACAAACUUACAAAGGGGGUUAAUUUUGUUUGUUCAUUUCAAAAGUUCAGUUUGAGUUGUCUCCCUUUAUCAGAUUUUUUUCACAAUGAAAACCUAGUUUUGUGACAAUUUUGUCCCUUGUUCUCUAUAAACCACCGCAAAGCAUAAAAUAAAAGUCGUUAUUUCUUUUUACAUUGUUCCUAUUCCUAAAUGCGAUUUCUUGCAUUUGAUGAGUAUGAUAAGAGAUUUCAACAAAUAUUUUUUUACAAGUAAUUUGGGAGUGGAGCUAUAGGGUGACUUUUCUUAAAGUUUUUGAAGUUAUAAAACAUGGGCAAAUGAAUACCUGGUUUCAGCAGUGAUUCACGCAUAUAUCAAUACCAUAUUUUUCUUAGAAAAAAUACAGUAUUAUUGCAAAUAAAUAUUAUAUAUUUUACUGGUUAUAAGAAAUGUUGUUAAAUAAAAUGUAUAUCAACGACAAUGACAUUGCUAUGUAUGCAUGUUCAACAUAAAACUGUUGUGUGAUGUACUUGUAUGCAUAUUAUUUAGAGUCAACAAUGCGAAAUGAAUAUAGCAUGUCAUGAAUAUAA